AUGUCGGAUGCCGACUUCGACACUGUUCGGCGCUUGCAGGCCGAGCGCAAUGCUCAGUCGGCUGGCAAAAAAGGUUCAAAGACCUUUGAUCCCUCCAGUCAGCGCACUGACUCUUCCACCAAGGCCUCAUUGACGGAGACUUUCGACACACAGCUUUACGACCGAAAUGGCCCGGACAAGUUCGCUGGGUACCAUACCUCUCUGCCUACCGAUGAUGACGACGAAGAAAUGCCAGACGCUGGUGAUAGUAGGAGGCUUGUUGGUCAAUACACUGCUACAAAAGACCAGAUGAAUGAGUUCUCACGAGGGAAUGGAGUUGAGGAGGAAGAUAUUCUACUUGGGCGUGAGAAAUCUGCCAGAAUAGCAGAUCGUGAGACUGAUUAUCAGAAGCGAAGAUUUGAGCGAGGCGCACUCACUCCCACACGAGCCGACCCGUUCGCUGCCAACAAACAUGCAGGCCUUACUGAAGGCUCGACUUAUCGCGAAGUUAUGCAACUCCAGGACCUUGAGCGAGAAGAAGAGCGAGUCAAGAAACUCAUAGCUGAGAAACAGACCGACACCGACGCCGUUGCCGUCGCCGAACACAAACCUUCUUUAAAGGAAGCCGAUAAAGAAAACGCUGAUGCAGGCUCCACCGUGGAAGCAACGGGACGGAAGCGGAAGAAGAGAUGGGACGUUUCAAGUGAGACCGCGGUAGCAACCGGUGGUGCAGAGGAAAAGAAGCGUUCAAGAUGGGAUCAGGCCCCAGGCCCCGAGGAAGCAUCUACAUCGACGAAACGAUCAAGAUGGGACCAGGCUCCCGCUCUUGGUUCAGCUACACCCAGCGGAAAUGCCGGACUCGCGACACCGAUGCACCCUUCUCAAUCUGGAUUCGGGACUGAUAUUACAGCCCGCAGCGCUACUUGGUCUGAUGAGGAUCUCGACAUGAUGCUUCCUACUGAGGGCUAUACCGUCUUGGAACCUCCUCCAGGGUAUGCGCCUGUCCGGAUCGCGACUAGAAAGGCCAUAGCAACUCCUGCUGCAGUCGGUAGCUCAUCCGGAAUUGGCGGUUUCAUGAUGCAAGAACCAGAAAAUCCAAGAAUGAUGGGUAAACAGCUUCCGACUGAUAUUCCUGGUGUGGGCGACUUGCAAUUCUUCAAAACUGAAGACAUGGCUUACUUUGGUAAACUCGUGGACGGAGCCGAUGAAAAUGCCAUGUCGGUGGAAGAGCUGAAGGAACGCAAGAUCAUGCGAUUACUUCUCAAGGUUAAGAACGGCACCCCGCCAAUGCGCAAAACUGCGUUACGACAGUUGACAGAUAACGCCCGCCAGUUUGGAGCAGGCCCUUUAUUCAACCAGAUCCUGCCCUUGCUUAUGGAGAAAACUUUGGAAGACCAAGAGAGGCAUCUACUUGUAAAGGUCAUCGAUCGAGUUCUAUACAAGCUUGAUGACUUGAUCCGACCAUACGUCCACAAGAUCCUGGUCGUUAUUGAACCCUUACUCAUUGAUCAGGACUAUUACGCUCGGGUCGAAGGUCGAGAGAUCAUCUCUAAUCUAAGCAAAGCAGCGGGCUUGGCGCACAUGAUCAGUACGAUGAGACCUGAUAUUGAUCAUGUUGACGAAUACGUCCGAAAUACAACUGCCCGGGCCUUCGCCGUGGUCGCCUCCGCUUUGGGUAUCCCUGCACUGCUUCCUUUCCUACGUGCUGUCUGUCGGAGCAAGAAGUCCUGGCAAGCUCGACACACUGGAGUGAAGAUUGUCCAACAAAUCCCAAUCCUAAUGGGGUGCGCCAUAUUGCCACAUCUCAAAGGCUUGGUGGAUUGUAUCGCUGAUAAUCUCAGCGACGAACAAGCCAAGGUGAGGACUGUGACAUCUCUAGCAAUUGCUGCUCUGGCCGAGGCUGCGAACCCUUACGGUAUCGAGAGCUUCGACGACAUUCUCAACCCGCUUUGGACUGGUGCUCGGAAGCAGCGCGGUAAAGGCCUUGCAGGCUUUUUGAAGGCCGUUGGCUAUAUCAUACCCCUCAUGGACGAAGAAUAUGCCAACUACUAUACUAGUCAAAUCAUGGAAAUUCUGCUUCGAGAGUUCGCAUCUCCUGAUGAAGAGAUGAAGAAAGUUGUUCUAAAAGUCAUUUCUCAGUGCGCAAGUACCGAUGGAGUGACAGCUGGGUAUCUCAAGGAGCAUGUGCUACAGGACUUUUUCAAGAGCUUCUGGGUUAGAAGAAUGGCCCUUGACAAACGAAAUUAUCGACAAGUGGUGGAGACAACUGUAGACCUGGGACAGAAAGUGGGCGUCAGCGAAAUAGUCGAGCGAGUGGUCAACAACCUCAAAGACGAAAGCGAGGCCUACCGCAAGAUGACUGUGGAAACCAUUGAGAAGGUCAUUGCAUCUCUCGGCGCUGCAGACAUAGGCGAACGCCUGGAAGAACGACUUGUCGAUGGUAUUCUGCAUGCUUUUCAAGAACAAAGCAUUGAGGACAUCGUCAUGCUGAACGGAUUCGGUACAGUGGUCAAUGCACUUGGCACUCGAUGCAAGCCUUAUCUACCACAAAUCGUCAGUACCAUCCUUUGGCGGCUCAACAAUAAAUCUGCUACUGUACGUCAGCAGGCGGCAGAUCUGAUUUCUCGCAUAGCAAUGGUGAUGAAACAAUGCGGUGAAGACGCACUCAUGGGCAAGCUAGGUGUUGUGCUGUACGAAUACCUGGGAGAAGAAUACCCUGAAGUUCUUGGUUCAAUUUUGGGUGCUCUUCGGUCAAUAGUCACCGUUGUCGGCAUCAACCAAAUGCAGCCUCCGAUCAAAGACCUGCUCCCGCGCUUAACGCCCAUCCUUCGAAAUCGGCACGAAAAGGUACAGGAGAAUACCAUCGACCUCGUUGGCCGUAUCGCAGAUCGGGGCCCCGAGUCAGUUAAUGCACGUGAAUGGAUGCGUAUAUGCUUCGAGCUGCUGGACAUGCUGAAAGCUCACAAAAAGGGUAUUCGCCGGGCAGCGAACAACACCUUCGGCUUCAUUGCCAAGGCAAUUGGGCCUCAAGAUGUUCUCGCUACACUACUCAACAAUCUUCGUGUGCAGGAACGGCAGUCUCGUGUCUGCACCGCCGUUGCAAUCGGCAUCGUCGCCGAGACCUGUGCGCCGUUCACUGUCCUUCCAGCGCUGAUGAACGAGUAUCGGGUGCCUGAGCUCAAUGUUCAAAACGGCGUGCUGAAGUCCCUCUCAUUCCUCUUCGAGUACAUCGGCGAGAUGGCAAAGGACUACGUCUAUGCAGUGACUCCUCUACUCGAAGACGCACUCAUCGACCGCGAUCAAGUCCAUCGCCAAACCGCUGCCAGUGUCGUCAAGCACGUUGCUCUCGGGGUCGUUGGACUCGGCUGUGAAGAUGCGAUGGUUCAUCUCCUCAACCUCCUAUAUCCCAACCUCUUCGAAACAAGUCCACACGUCAUUGACCGAAUUAUUGAGGCCAUCGAGGCCAUCAGAAUGGCUGUCGGAACUGGCAUUGUGAUGAACUACGUCUGGGCUGGACUAUUUCACCCAGCCAGGAAGGUCCGCACGCCCUACUGGAGAUUGUACAAUGAUGCAUACGUCCAUUCAGCGGACUCGAUGGUGCCAUAUUAUCCCAACAUGAAGGAUGAAGGUCUCCCACGAGAUGAGUUGUUCAUCGUACUCUGA